AUGUCUCAAAAGUACUUACACCAACUACUAAAGGAAGAUCAAGAACCAUUCCUUCUCAAAAACUACAUUUCCGAUAGACGUAACCAAUUGAAAAUCACUACCAUCUGUAAAAUUCCAAACUCUAACUCAACUUUCAAUUUCAACAUAAAUCUCUGUAAAAACAACGCUUCCUGUUUCUUCUCAUUCCCAGAAACACCGGACUUCAGAAAAUCGCCGCUCUUCGAACUAACAUCUCCGGUUAAAAGUCCCUGCAAAUCUUCACGAACGGCAACUCUUCUUCUAGAAGCUGCUCUCAGGAUCCACAAACAUUCUUCAUCUUCGAAUCACAAAACAAAAACCAAAGGCUUCGGUCUAUUUGGAUCUUUAUUCAAAAGAAUUAAGCUAAGAAACCAGAACCGGAAGCGAGAACUCGAGAGUCAAAAUGUUUCUGUCAAGGAUAUAUUGAAUAGCAAAAAAUUUGAAUCUCAUACGAUAAACAAAGGUAAACCAUUGGAAACGGAAACUUCUUGUAGCGGUUACUCUGAAAGGUUCAUUCACGAAGGAUGCACUUGUUAUCACAGUUCUUUCUCCGAAAGUCCUUUUCGUUUUGUUCUUCAAACAAGUUCUUGCUCCGGCAGCCACACGCCGGAGUUAGCGUCGCCGAGUCGCAUAACAGAGGACAAAGGAAGUAAUGUAGAAGCUGAGAGUAUCAAUCAAUUUCAAUUGGUUGAAGAAGAGGAAGAAGAUAAGGAACAGUGUAGUCCGGUAUGUGUUUUAGACCCACCGUUCGAGGACGAUGAGGAAGGACAUAUAAAUGACGAUGAUGAAGAUGAAGAUGGUGGUGAUUUUGAUUUGGAGAGCAGCUAUGCCAUUGUACAGAGAGCAAGGCAGCAGAUAUUGUACAAGCUUCGCCGAUUUGAGAAACUCGCAGGAUUGGAUCCGUUAGAACUCGAGAAGAGAAUGAUGGAAGACGAAGAGGAUGUGGAUGAAACAUAUAUGGAAGAGGAUGAUGAUGUUGAAGAUGAGGAAAGUGAAGUAUCAUGUAAAGAAAAUGACUUCAAAGAGAUGGUUUUUGAAGCUGUCUAUUUGUCAAUGGUCCAUGACAGACAGCAAAUGCCACAAGAGUUCAAGAAACUAAUUCAUGAUCUCAUUUUGGAAGAAGAGAGAGAAUGUAUCUCUCUAGAAGAAAGGGACAUGGUGAUAACUAGGAUAUGCAAGAGGGUGGAAUCUUGGAAAGAAGUGGAGUCAAACACAAUUGAUAUGAUGAUAGAAGAGGAUUUCUCUAUAGAGGAUGGAGGGUGGAAGAAAAAUGUUGAGCAGAUAAGGAAUAUGGCUGGUGAGCUUGAGUUUGAUAUCUUUAGCAUUUUGGUGGAGGAAUUUUCAGAGGAAUUGGUAUGUUAG